UGUGAAUUUUUUGCGAUGUCUCUUAGAAAAGUAUUGUUUCUUACAAAAGCGAUAUGCCGUAGAGCGACUAAGCUACAAAACUUAAAUUUUUCUAGACAGAAGAUAUGGUUCCUCACUGCUAAUUCUGCAAGAUUUUAUUCUGCGGAAAAUAUAGGAAAGGAUGGUAAAGUUCCAGAUGGCAAACGUGUUGAUGCUCCAUGUGACUCUGUUCCGGAUGUCAAAUCACAGGAGAAAACAGAUAUCUUAGGACGAUUCUUUCCUCAAGCACAGUUGAAUGCUCAAGAUGCUAAUGAAAUUAAAAAGGAACAGGAACGGUUUGAGAAGGAAAAAAAAGAGAAGUCAGAAGAAAAUGAAAAAAGUUGGAAAAGGAUGAAAAUUGGGUUUGCAGUAUUUGGGGGAGCAUUGACAGUGAUGGGGGGUUGUAUGGUUAUGGAGAUGGGUGCCCCAAGACGUGAUGAGAAUGGUGCUAUAAUUGAGGAUGAGUUUUCCCCCAUGCCAAUUGUACUACAAUAUCUGAGACGGACCUGGAAAGAGCUCACUUUUUAUGAAAAGAUGAUCAAAGAACCAUCUCGUGAAAAGUUGCUGCCUGACCCUCUUCCAGCACCAUACCAACCAACAUACACAUUAGUGUUAGAGUUUACUGAUAUUUUAGUACAUCCAGAUUGGUCCUAUCAGACUGGAUGGAGGUUUAAGAAACGUCCAGGAGUAGACCAGUUUUUACAACAAGUGGCAAAUUCUGAUUAUGAGGUGGUGAUCUUCACAUCAGAAAAUGCCUUCAUGAUAUGGCCAGUGAUAGACAAAUUGGAUCCUGAGAACAAAUUUAUAGCUUACAGAUUAUUCAGGGACUCAACACACUUCAUUGAUGGUGUGCAUGUCAAGAAUUUGGAUGGAUUAAAUAGAGAUCUGUCAAAGGUGAUAGUAGUAGAUUGGAACAAGCAGGCGACGAAAUUUCACCCACAAAACGCGCUCAUAUUGAAGAAAUGGAAGGGCGCUGACGACGAUACGGCACUGUUGGACCUCGCCAAUUUAUUACAGACGAUAGCGAUGUCAAACGUAUUAGAUGUGCGUGAAGUUCUUACAUACUACAGCCAGUUUGACGACCCCAUAGCAGCGUUCCGCGAGAACCAACGGAAACUUAUGGAGCAAAUGGAAGAGAAGGAGAAAGAGAACAAAACUAACAACCCUCCGAUCGCCAGCAGCUGGAUCCGCAGCUUUACAAGACGUUAGCAUCGUGAGUGGUUCACACGAGAACUCACAAUUUUAUAAAAAGGGUUAAAAUCAGCAUGGUCACCAGAGGGCAAUACUCGCUAACUACUCGUAUAUUGUGAAUUAUGGCGGGUAAAAGCAUGUAUAAGGACAAACAGAUGUCGCUUUUGAAAUGUCUAUGUGUUGUAGUUACAAUUCAAUUAGAUAGAUGUUGUAGUUACAACUCAAUUAGGUAGAUGAACUGAUACAAUUCCUGUUUGCGAUUUCUAGAUGGAGCCAUUUAAUAUUGUUAGUAGUUAGUAUCACGCCCUUUGGUGCUUCUCGUUUUUAGCUCUUGGUGACAACAGUUAUCGAGACUUACGCUGGAUCAGAGCAAAUAUCUUAACAAAACUAAGUAGGUGUACGAAUAUGUGGCGCGCUUGGAAAUCUAUGAAUUUAUCUUGUAUUAUUUGAUAAUAUGGUUUAAGAUAUUUGCACAGAUCUAUGUAGAGAUAAGGGAUAGAUCAUAUUUGUCGGUAUUGCCUUUAUUUAACAUUUAGUAUAGACGUCAUGCUGACAAAAGACAAUAUUGGUCAUCCCUAAUUAUUUCUGAUAGCGUUACAGCUAAAUAGAAAAUUUAUUGUAAAGAUCUUGUAGACAACAAUAGUGUAAUAAACUCGAUAGAACCAAUAAUUAAUUUCUAGGCAUUAUAUGUAUUUCAAUUGAAACUUUAAACAUUAUGAAUUCUAUGAAAUCUGCUCGUAGUAGUCACUAUUCACUAUAUUUUCGAAUUCUAUUUAGCCAUGUUUUAAUUUUCUUCAUCUUUUGUUUAUCGAAGUACUCGUUUUUUAUUACUGUUUUCCUGUAGUAAAACAUUCUUAUAUUUUAAUUAAAACCCAAAAUUGCUGCUCAUGCAUUGUCACUGUGGACUUUCAGAGUUUUGUUUCUAACUGUCCAUUUACAGCUUGUUUUAUGAUAGUAUUUAGGUGAGGGAAAGAAAUAACAUCUAAAAGGCAUGAUGUUGACUAUCCUAAUGUGGUACUUUCAGUUUUUGUGGAGGACGAAGAUGAUGCGGAAGGAUAGAUAGGAACACCUGUUUACAUACUGUUAACUGUUAAUUUAAGAUUUUGUGUCUACCUUUCGCUCGCAUUUAUGUAAUAAUUUUUCAUGUUAUGACAUUGUGCUAUGGAACUUAUCACAUUUGCAACUAUAAAAUUUAUCAUUUGCUGAUUCUCAGUGUGUUAUGUUUGGAUGGUGUUUAAAAGCUGGCUGUAAUUUUGAA